AUGUGGGCCGAAUCACAGACCAGUGAUUCUCCAAAUACGGGAUCGUCACAUAUUGUGGAUCACCUCAUUACAUGUGAUACAAAUAGAUGUUAUAUAGAUGGAGCAUGGAGGGCACAAGACUCGUGCAUAGGACAAGGAUGGGUUUAUAAAGAAGGUGGAUCAACUGAUACUAUGAUGGGUGCCAUGUCUAUUCGCAAAAGUCUAUCACCUUUACAUGCUGAAUGUGAAGCUUUGAUAUGGGCGAUGGAGUGCAUGAAUACCCUACGAAUCUCAGAAGGGGUGUUUGCAACUGACUGCUCUCAACUGGUGAAGAUGGUGUCUACACCAACAGAAUGGCCGGCAUUCACUACACACAUGGAGGAGUUUCUGCAAUGUAAGGAAUUUUUUCAUCCCUUUACUAUUCAGCAUAUUCCGAGGGCACAAAACACAAUGGCAGACAAGCUAGCACGAGGUGCUAGAAAUCAGCCUGCUGCUAUGGUUUAUGUUGAUUCGAUUCUUCCGGAGUGGCUUGGAUCAGGAAUCUGCUUAGUUCUUUUUAGCCUUUUGUUGUAA